UGAAUGAAGUCACACAUGAACACUGGGAAGAAGUAAUUGAAAUAAAUGGGAAUCCUACUAAAAUAAAAUUAGAUACUGGAGCGGACACUAAUGUUAUUUCUUGGACGUAUUUGAAGCAGUGGACCAAUUCUCCAAAGAUAAAACAGACUAAGGUCAAAGCCUAUACCUUCACAAGUGAGAGAAUACUGAUCGUCGGUGAAUGUCACCUCCAACUCAAGUCUGGAAGCCAUGAAACCACGAGCAAAUUCCUUGUUGUCAGGACACGUGGGUUACCUCUAUUGACUUGAGAUGCAUGCAAAAAGCUAAACCUAAUUAAAAGGAUAAAUUCUAUUACACUGGAACUUAACCCAGAAAAUAUUUUGGAAUCCUAUUCCAGUGUGUUUGAGGGAAGUGGCAAACUUAAACAUGAGGUUAUAAUCAAAUUAAAUCAAAAUGCAAUUCCAAAACUUGUCCCUCCUAGAAGGAUCCCAGAAGCUUUAAAAACAGAAGUUAAACAAGAAUUAGAGGAUCUGGUUAGAAAAGGAAUCUUAAAAAAGACAGAAAAAAAUUCUAGUUGGCUCCACCCAAUGGUUAUUGUUAAAAAGAAACAAGGAAAAUUACGCCUGUUUAUGGAUCCACGUGAACUAAAUAAAUACAUUAUUAGAGAUAAUUAUCAGAUACCAUCGGCAACAGAACUGUUAUCAAGCAUUCCAAAAGCUAGAUAUUAUACAGUUAUGGAUGCUAAAUCAGCCUUCUUUCAGCUACCGGUAGAAGAACAAUCACAAAAACUGUUGAUAAUGAAUACACCUUUCGGAAAAUAUAAAUUUACAAGAUUGCCGUUUGGAAUCACAACAGCAUCAGAGCAUUCUCAAAGAGCAUUGACACAAUACUUUCAGAUAUUGAAGGCAUUUACACAUAUAUGGAUGAUGUUCUAAUCUAUGGUGACACAUUAAGAGAGCAUAAUUAAAAACUGAUAAAAGUAUUAAAAAGAGCAGAAACUCAUGGUCUUAAAUUUGAAAAAAGCAAGAUCCAAUUGGCACAAAGGCAAGUCACCUUUGUAAGGCACAUAAUAGGACCAGACGGUAUAAAACCAGAAGAAUCAAAACUUAUUGCCAUUCAACAAUUAAAAGAACCAGAAAAUCAAAAAGCACUGCAAAGAUUCUUGGGAUUAGUUAACUAUUUAGGCAAAUUUAUACCUAAUUUAUCAAAUCUCACACACAAUCUUAGGCAGCUGCUCAGGAAAAAUAUUGAAUGGACAUGGACAGAAGAGGCAAGAAGGGAUUUUAAUUACAUAAAGAAAAUUCUAACGCAGACUCAAACGUUAGCACAAUUUGAUACAAACAAAAUUAUAACCCUACAUACAGAUGCCAGUCAACAUGCUCUAGGAGCAGCAAUUACACAGGAAGGAAAACCCUUAGCUUUUUCAUCAUCAUCUUUGAAUGAUACACAAUAAAACUAUUCCCAAAUCGAAAAGAAACUACUCGCCUUAUAUUAUGGAUGUAAAAAAUUUGAUCACCUGCUACUUGCAAGAUUGUUUGUAGCAUAUACUGAUCACCAACCAUUAAUCACACUAAUUAAAAAACCAUUAAGUACAUUGUCUCCUUGACUGCAGAGAUUAAUGCUAAAGUUAUUGGCUUACGACUUCAAGUUAUACUACAAGCCGGGAAGAGAUAAUCUCAUUGCAGAUAUUCUUUCAAGGGACAUAAGGCAUCUUACACCCAAUUUCUCAACACCAGACCUAGAUGAACAAGUAUUGAAUAAGAACAGUUGGUAUGAAAAUCACAGACACCAAAUUCAUAGAAUUAGCUGAAAACACAAGACAAGAUCAAAGUCUGCAGACUGUAAAGAAAUACUUAUCAGAAGGAUGGCCGGUACAUAAAAAGUCUAUCCCAUCAAACAUCAAACCCUACUACGAUUUUAAAGAAGACCUAUACCUAUGGAAGAAUAUUAUAUGUAAAGGACCUGCCAUAAUAAUUCCAGAGAAACAAAGAACCAGAGUUCUACAGCAAAUUCAUGCUGCACAUCUAGGAAUCAACGCUUCACUCAGCAGAGUGAGGAAUAAGGUAUACUGGCCAGGAAUGAAUCAUGACAUAGAAAAAGUAGUAAAAUCUUGUAGACAAUGUCAAAGAUUUCGACCAGCUCAGACAAAAGAACCUCUGAUACCCCACAGAAUUCCUACAUAUCCAUGGCAAGAAGCAACAGCGGAUAUUUUCUAUUUGGCCAGCAGUCCAUAUUUGCUAAUUGUGGAUAGAUACAGUGCCUAUCCAGAAAUUUAUAAAAUGCCAUCGACUGAUGCUUCCAAAGUUAUUCCCAAGUUCAAAGAAACUUUUUCGCGAUUUGGAAGUCCAGAAAUAUUAAUGACUGAUAAUGGUCCCCCAUUCUCGUCAGUAGCUUUUAAUCACUUCUGUGACAAAUGGAGCAUUAGGCAUAGUACAUCUAGUCCUCGAUAUCCCCAGAGCAAUGGCCACAUAGAAUGACAUGUGCAAACAAUAAUAAACAUACUUAAAAAGACAACAGAAGUCAAGAAUAAACAUACUUA